CAGCUUCACCUCCCCUGCUGAAUUCAGCAUGGGGGAGAAGCCAGAGAACUGCAGGGUUUCAGAGGAUCUGUUCAAUGGUUUGAAGGUUACAGAUCCCCAGGAAUCAGAGUGUGUCAGCCCUCCAGUUUCUAAUCCCAAAGAUCAGCAUUCUCAGAGCAAGAUGCCUAAGGAUGUUCAGGCCCAACCCCAGGAGGACCAGGGAGAAGAGGAGUGCUUUCAUGACUGCAGGGAUUCAUUUGAGGAGGAGGCAGGUGUGGAUAAGGUUGAGGACAAACCUGAUGAUGAUACAAAUUCCUCUGAACUAGAUGAAGAAUACCAAAUAGAACUGGAAAAGGACAUGCCAGAUGAAGAGAAAUAGAAAAGAAGAGAAGAGAGCACUAGACGAAAGGAAGAAGGAAAUGAACAAUUUAAAAAAGGAGAUAAUAUAGAAGCCGAACGUUCUUAUAGUCGAGCCCUUCAGACAUGCCCAUCCUGCUUCCAAAAAGACAGGUCUAUUCUGUUUUCAAAUAGAGCUGCUGCAAGGAUGAAACAGGACAAGAAAGAGUUGGCCAUCAGUGACUGCAGCAAAGCAAUCCAUUUAAACCCCAGCUACAUCAGGGCACUGUUGAGGAGAGCAGAAUUGUACGAGAAAAUGGACAAGCUAGAUGAAGCUUUGGAAGACUAUAAAUCUAUAUUAGAAAAAGAUCCUUCAGUACAUCAAGCACGAGAAGCUUGUAUGAGAUUACCUAAGCAAAUUGAAGAACGUAAUGAAAGACUAAAGGAAGAGAUGUUUGGUAAACUAAAAGAUCUUGGGAACUUGGUUCUCCGACCUUUUGGACUCUCCACAGAAAAUUUCCAGAUCAAACAGGAUUCCUCUACUGGCUCCUACUCCAUCAAUUUUGUUCAAAAUCCAAACAAUAACAGAUAACAAGAGAUAAUGGCUUUAAAAGCUGGCUUGGAAAUUGUGUGCCGCUUGCUGUUAACAAGAGGAAAGGCCCUGCCAAUAUUUUAAAAAGCAUCCCAUCUAAAAGAAAGGCUAUCCAGUAGAGCCUAGAGCUCCCCUUUCCCUCUUGUUUUAUGAUCAGGGUGAGAUGUCCUUAUUAAUGUAAUAAGCCUGGUUUGAUUUCCAUUUUGAGAUGGUAUCUGUGUAGCCAUAGUCCCUGGUUCUGGCUGUGUGUCCUUUUCGUCCAGAAGGCAGCCUGCUUGGCCAGCCCCUGGGCUGCACAGACCCAUGGAGCAAUUCACAGGUGUUCAGGCCCAGCAAAGGCUCUCCUGAACUGAGCAAACCUGUUGAACGGGAGAUUGUCCAGAUGUGAUUUAUGGAGUUCCCGCCUGCUAUCCCCUCUCCCUGAACACACAUGCCACCAACGCUGCCAUGCAGGGC